AUCCGGCCGGAUUCCAUCUCCAUCGCUGCGUUCCGUAAAUCCGUUCGUUGGCCGCUGAAAAGAUGGGAAAAUCGAAAGCACAUCGCAUCAAGAGCAUCUCGGGACCGAAGGCAUCCCUAGGUGACCAAAUCAAUGAGGGCCGAGUGUCGAAGAAGGCCAAGCAGCCCAAGGUGCGGAUGCGAGCAGAGGAGCAAGAGUUUGUCGACUCGAAGAUUUCGAAGAAAAUUCUCCGGGAAGCUCGGAAACAGCAGGCCGAGCUGAACCUGUUCGGUGAAUCCUUCGGGCCAUCGCUGACGGACUCAAUGGCCGUUAAAAAGCGGCAUCGGCUGGAUGAUAGAGGAUCCUCCGACGAAUCUGAUUCCGAGGGAGGCGAUGCCGCUGAUAUCGACGGAGAUGAUCUGUUUGAUGAUAUGAAAGUAACGGAAGAGGAUGAGCGGGCACUGGCCAUGUUCCAGAACAAAGAUGGAGCGAGAACACGCACGCUGGCAGAUCUAAUUAUGGAUAAAAUAACCGAGAAGCAGACGGAAAUACAGACGCAAUUUUCCGACAACGGUUCACUGAAGAUGGAAGAGAUCGAUCCGCGCGUUCGCGAAAUGUACGAAGGCGUACGGGACGUGUUGAAACGCUAUCGCAGUGGCAAGAUACCGAAAGCAUUCAAGAUUAUUCCGAAGCUACGCAACUGGGAGCAGUUUCUGUAUCUGACAGAGCCCCACAAUUGGAGCGCUGCCGCUAUGUUCCAGGCGACGCGUGCCUUCUCGUCCGGUCUUACGCAGUACAUGGCACAACGGUUCUACAAUCUAGUGCUACUGCCCCGUGUUCGCGAUGAUCUUGCGGAGUACAAUCGGUUGAACUUUUAUCUGUACCGAGCGCUCAAGAAAGCCCUGUUCAAACCGGCCGCCUUUAUGAAGGGUAUCAUUCUCCCGCUCCUGGAAGCAGGCGACUGCACACUGCGUGAAGCCAUCAUCUUUGGCAGCAUCAUUAGCACAACACGGAUCCCGGUGCUGCACACGUCCGCCUGUUUACUGAAAAUCUGCGAAAUGGAAUACUCUGGAGCCUGCUCCGUGUUCAUUCGCAUCAUUCUGGAUAAACGGUACGCGCUGCCGUAUCGCGUGGUGGAUGCCACGGUGUUCCAUUUCCUAAAGUUCGAAAACGACAAACGCGAGCUACCUACCCUCUGGCACAAGGCGCUUCUAACGUUUGCCCAGCGUUACAAAAACGAUAUCUCCACCGAACAGCGCGAAGCGUUGCUGCUUUUGUUGAAGAAAAAAUCGCAUCCCAAAAUUACGCCGGAAAUCAGAAGAGAACUCAUGGCCGGCCACUGUCGCGAUGUGGAAACGGGCCAGAGUCUGGCCCACGAGAACGAUAUCGAAUUCCAGGAAGACAACGACUACACACCGAUGGACGAUGAUGCGGAAGCCCACGGCUCUCGGAGUACGCCUGGAAAAGGGCAAGGUGGCAAGGAGGUGCAGGAUGAAGAAAUGGAGAGCGACGAGGACGAUGCCGACGCUGACGAGGAGGAAGAUGAUUUGUAAGGGGCUAGUUACAAUUUAAUGUGCGCUUCGAGUGAUUGGUAACAUUUAAUCCAAUAAAACAAGCAUACAGUUUA